GCCAGUUACGAAAUGCAUCUGCAAGCUUUCUGGGGCCAGUAAUGGAAUUAGAAAAUGGGCUCCAUGUUGUUAAAUGUGCUUUUGUUUUUCUUGUUUUGGUCCUUUAAUAAUGGGAUUUCUCAGACGCCUGAGUGGAAUGGAGAGCUGGAAGUUAGCGGUGAGACAGAAUGGAUUCCCCAACCAGAGCUCAUCGAUGACACCUAUUGGUCUGGGUCAGCACCCUUUUGUUUAGGAGGGUGUAAGGCCCGUCACCAGGAGCUAAGGAAAGAUCCCUGUGGAAACUCUAGUUGCUGCUGGCUCGGCUACAAGUCCCUCUGCAGAGUGAAUUGUGGGAGGCCUGAUGUGGACUAUAACGGAUGGGUCUACGGUAAUGACUGGUGGGUUGGUUCUGUGGUGAGGUACACAUGUCGAGCUGGCUUCCUGCUCGUGGGAAGUCCCACCCGUUCAUGCCAGUCCAACGGCCGCUGGACCCCAAAACCCACUUGCCUCAGGAUGUGCCAACGAGGAAGCAUUGAAGUCAGGGAGAGCGAACUAAAUGGCACAUGUGACUCCACCUGUGAGAAUAAGAGCUACUUUGGUCCAACCAAACUGGGCUGCUCGCUGAUAAACAACUGUAAGAAGAAGGAGACUGGCUGGAAGAGGUUCUUUGCGCAGUGUGUCCCUUGUAUUUGUGACUGCGCCUUAACCUGUGCAACCGCCGGCUGAUGAUGACCUAAGAAGCUGAAACACCUGCCACCAGUUCCACGGACAAGUCAAUAACAUAAAAUCUAAAUGUUAAAUCUAAACAAGAUGUAUUUGUUUCUUUUUGUAUAGUUUAGCAUUUUCCCUUUGACUGGGACAUAGAUAGGUUGAUACCUCAGGUUUGAAACAA